GCUAUAUAAGGCGGAACGAGGCAGGCGAGGGGGGCAGCGCAGCCGAGCGGAGCCCAGGAGAGGACAGAGAGCGAGCCUGAGCGAGAAGCGGGGAAGCAAAGAGGAGGAAGCCGCCGGUGCGUCGGGACGCGAGCGCAGGUGUUCGGAGCGCCGGAGCUGGAGCUCUGCAGCCGGCAGUCAUGUACCGCUCCACCAAGGGCGCCUCCAAGGCGCGCCGCGACCAGAUCAACGCCGAGAUCCGGAACCUCAAGGAGCUGCUGCCACUGGCCGAAGCGGACAAGGUCCGGCUGUCCUACCUGCACAUCAUGAGCCUUGCCUGCAUCUACACUCGCAAGGGCGUCUUCUUCGCUGGAGGCACUCCUCUGGAGGGCCCCUCGGGGCUUCUCUCAGCUGAAGAGCUUGAAGACAUAGUAGCGGCACUACCUGGCUUUCUGCUAGUGUUCACAGCUGAGGGGAAGUUGCUGUAUCUGUCUGAGAGUGUGAGCGAGCACCUGGGCCACUCCAUGGUGGACCUGGUUGCCCAGGGUGACAGUAUCUACGACAUCAUUGACCCAGCUGACCACCUCACUGUGCGCCAGCAGCUCACCCUGCCCUCUGCUCUGGACAACGAUCGCCUCUUCCGCUGUCGCUUCAACACCUCUAAGUCCCUCCGGCGCCAGAGCACAGGCAACAAACUGGUGCUUAUUCGAGGCCGAUUCCAUGCUCACCCACCUGGGGCCUACUGGGCAGGAAACCCUGUGUUCACAGCUUUCUGUGCCCCACUAGAGCCAAGACCUCGCCCUGGCCCUGGGCCUGGCCCCGGGCCUGGCCCUGCCUCUCUCUUCCUGGCCAUGUUCCAGAGCCGUCAUGCUAAGGACCUGGUCCUGCUGGAUAUCUCUGAGAGUGUUCUAAUCUACCUGGGCUUUGAGCGCAGUGAACUGCUCUGUAAAUCAUGGUAUGGACUGCUGCACCCUGAGGACCUGGCCCACGCUUCUGCUCAACACUACCGCCUGUUGGCUGAGAGUGGAGAUAUUCAGGCAGAGAUGGUGGUGAGACUGCAGGCCAAGCCUGGAGGCUGGGCAUGGAUUUACUGCCUGUUAUACUCAGAAGGUCCAGAGGGCCCCAUUACUGCCAAUAACUACCCAAUCAGUGACAUGGAAGCCUGGAGCCUCCGCCAACAGCUGAACUCUGAAGAUACUCAGGCAGCUUAUGUCCUGGGCACCCCGACCAUGCUGCCCUCAUUCCCUGAGAACAUUCUCGCCCAGGAGCAGUGCUCCAGCACUAACCCACUCUUCACUCCAGCUCUGGGAGCUCCCAGAAGCACCACUUUCCCCAGUGCUCCUGAACUGAGUGUUGUCUCAGCAUCAGAAGACAUUCCUCGACCCCCCAAAGGGAUUGACUUCAGUUACCUGACAUUCCCUUCUGGGCCUGAGCCUUCUCUCCAAGGAGACCUGAGCAAGGAUCUUGUGUGCACCCCACCCUAUACACCCCACCAGCCAGGAGGCUGUGCCUUUCUCUUCAGCCUCCAUGAGCCCUUCCAGACUCACUUGCCCACCCCAUCCACCUCUCUUCAAGAACAGCUGACUCCAAGCACUGCAACCUUCUCUGAUCAGUUGACACCCAGCAGUGCAACCUUCCCAGACCCACUAACUAGCCCACUACAAGGCCUUUUGACCGAAACUUCAGCCAGAAGCUAUGAAGACCAGUUGACUCCCUGCACCUCCACCUUUCCAGACCAGCUGCUUCCCAGCACUGCCACCUUCCCAGAGCCUCUGGGCAGCCCUUCUCGUGAGCAGCUGACUCCUCCUAGCACAGCUUUUCAAGCACAUCUGAAUAGCCCCAGCCAAACUUUCCCAGAGCAACUAAGCCCCAAUCCUACCAAGACUUACUUCGCGCAGGAGGGAUGCAGUUUUCUCUAUGAGAAGUUGCCCCCAAGUCCUAGCAGCCCUGGUAAUGGGGACUGCACACUCUUGGCCCUAGCCCAGCUCCGGGGCCCCCUCUCUGUGGAUGUCCCUCUGGUACCUGAAGGCCUGCUCACACCUGAGGCCUCUCCAGUCAAGCAGAGUUUCUUCCACUACUCAGAGAAGGAGCAAAAUGAGAUCGAUCGUCUCAUCCGGCAGAUUAGCCAGUUGGCUCAGGGCAUGGACAGGCCCUUCUCAGCUGAGGCUGGCACUGGCGGACUGGAGCCACUUGGAGGGCUGGAGCCCCUGGACUCCAACCUGUCCCUGCCGGGGGCUGGUCCCCCUGUGCUCAGCCUGGAUCUGAAGCCCUGGAAAUGCCAGGAACUAGACUUCCUGGCUGACCCUGACAACAUGUUCCUGGAAGAGACGCCCGUGGAAGACAUCUUCAUGGAUCUCUCUACCCCAGACCCCAGUGAGGAAUGGGGCUCAGGAGAUCCUGAGGCAGAGGGCCCAGGAGGGCCCCCAUCGCCUUGCAACAACCUGUCCCCAGAAGACCACAGCUUCCUGGAGGACCUGGCCACUUAUGAAACCGCCUUUGAGACAGGUGUCUCAGCAUUCCCCUAUGAUGGGUUUACUGAUGAGUUGCAUCAACUCCAGAGCCAAGUUCAAGACAGCUUCCAUGAAGAUGGAAGUGGAGGGGAACCAACGUUUUGAAUAAGUCUGUGACUUAACGUCGUCAAGUAUGGCAUAUUGUCAUCAAGACGUGGAGCCGCUCUCCACCCCCCCAGGACUGUUGGGGGGAUUCUGGGGGCCAGAGGGGGAUAUAUCUAAUUCCCAGGCCCUGAAGACUGGGGGGGGGAGGUGGGAGGGUAAGGGAGGGGAGCUUCUUUUUAAAAUCAAGAGACUCUGAGCGAUCCCAGUUUCCAUUUCAAUCUGUAUUCACUCGUAGUGAGUUUCCUUGAAUGGGAUUUCAAGCGGAGAAUGGGGGAGUCUCACUUCCCUGCCGCACUGCCCCACUGGCCUGGGCCAGUUCUCCCCUCGUAGGGACGAAGCCACCCCUGGGCCACCUGGGCCAGCCUGUGCCCUGAGGGGCUCUUGACAUCCACGUAGAAUUCUCUACACACCAGUAACGGGAUUUCAAUUCCGAUGGACUCUGCCGCCCUGGCGGCCCUUCCUGUGACUUUUGCGCCCCGCGCCUGGGGUGGGGGGCGCGAAGAGACGCUACGUUCCUUUCCGAUGGAGGAAGGCAGACCUGCCAUCACACAUGUGCUUGCACGAGUGCGUGUACCUGGUGCGGGACUCACCCGGCCACCAGACCGCCUGGACCUGCCCAGACGGCCACCUCGUGGUGCUGCGGUGACUUUGUAGCCAACUUUAUAAUAAAGUCCAGUUUGCCUUUUUGGUA